AUGUCUGGUUGUCUGUCACCACAGCUAAUUGCAGCUCUACAGUACCCAGGUAAGCCCAUUUUUGUGAAAUUCGAUUCAGUUUCAUCGAUAGUACUAAAAGCUCUUCCUCAAGCAUACUGGAAUCGAGCGCCGUCCAAAUGGGGAGGCAUCUCAGACUGGGACAUAUUUAUCGUAAAAGAAGUACCAGGAAUGAACAGACAUACCGCUCAUGCUACGCUUGCGGCUGAACUGAAACUUCUUGAGUGCGAACUACCAAAAUCCAGCGUCGCUUAUCGGCAAACGCUUACUAUGAAAAGUUGCCUCGAAGACUGCAAAAAGGAUCCGGCAAAUACCAAGUUAUGGAAAACGCAAAUGAACGCUUUAACGGAUGCUGCAAUCAGAAGCAGAAUAGACUUGUGCAACCUUGAAAAUGCGGCGUUUAACACUGGAUUAGUGCUCGCUAUUGAAAAAUUUCGGGCAUUAAGAGCUGCUAUCUUGGAAAACACGGAAAAGGGUUUGGUCUCGCCUCCACCUAUGAAGCAAAAUCUUGAAGAUGAGUCGGACUCUAAACCUCGGAGUUUUAAGAAGAGGAGGCUAUUAGGCAUUGACUCAGAUAGUGAUGACGAUGAAGGUAACCACGAAGAAGAUGAAGGGGAAGGGGAAGUAGAAAGCGACGAAGAGGUUAUAUGUGCAGACGCUUUUCAAUAUACAUUUGAUGAAGCUGUAUCCUGUAAUGAUUCAGAAUGGAAGCUAAAGAAUGGCAAACCGGUGGCAGAAAUUUUGGCAAGUAGCGCCAUGAAAGCGUUAGAAAAUUCAAAAAUGGCUGCAAAAAAUCCCGAUGCAUUUGUGAACAGUAGCAUCAGCCUUGGGCUAUCGUGUAUUGUUGACCUCUCAUCGAAAUUUUCCAAUGGGAUGUACACAUGGUUCGGCGAUGAGUGGACUGCCUUGAAAGCCAAAGUGUAUGAACGUGUCAAUGUAGUACCAAAACCUUUUGAAGGUGUUAUAAAGGAAGUGAUUGAUCGGAUUGAUACGUUUUGUCGGGCUUACGAAUAUUGGGACGCACGAAACUUCCUCCUAGAUCAAAUGAAGGAUCGAUCUUGCACAGUCCUAUAUAAACAGAUAAUAAAAAUUUAUUUCGCUGUUAUCGAUAUGUUUUUGGCAAAUCCGUGCACAUUUGUGGAUCAAAGUGGCCAGAGAAAAAAAUUGACAGAGAUGGAAUUUGUUUUGAAGAUAGCAGCCCCGAUAAUCGACAUCAUUUUUUCCGAUAUAAAAGAUUUGGUCGAAGUUCGAUGGGGUGAGACCGAGACAAAGUGUGCGUCUAGAUGCAGAAAAAGCGAUAUGAGAAUUGUCCAUCAAACUCGCGACAUCGAACUCAGCCAUACUGAAUAUGCCCAAGCUCCUAUGCCUUGUAAGGUCGUCCGCGAUCGUUCCAAGUUACUGAGAACCAACAAGUGUGUACUUGACCAUUAUCUGAUGCAGGAUAUUCCAGCGAAUGCAGAAACGACAGUGUUUGGCUUACAAGUUGUUGGGUUGAAUGCUCAGUUAAUCGGUAUCGAUAUUUUUGACUGCGGUCUCUAUUUCGGCCUGGAAGGAGCUACGUUUAGCUUUCCCUCGCAGUUGUCGCAAAUUACAACUUUACGGAGGGCUCUAGAAGCUUUAUAUUUUUUUAAGGACAAUAUUAAACGUAAAGCCAUUGCCUUACCUGAUCCUGUUGCGGAGAGGAACCCCUACCAUAGAAUAUUUCACAGUAUAAACCCAGAGACGUUGAAACCAAAACAUCAUAAAGCAAGUUUUAUAAAGCCCACGUUUUUUACUUCCCCAAAGGAAAUGUAA